AUGGAUAGAAGCUCCCUGUUUCAGCUCAUACAAGAGCAGCAGCUGGACCCAGAGAACACCGGUUUCAUCGCAGUGGAGAACUUCACCAGCUUGGUGGAGCACCAUGAGCUGCAGCUGGACCCGUCCAAACUGGACAUGCUGUUAGCCCUGGUCCAGAGCAAUGAGGAGGGACAGGUGUGCUACCAGGAGCUCAUUGAGCUGAUGAGCAGUAAGCGCUCCAGCAGUUUCAGACGGGCCAUCGCCAAUGGCCGCCGCACGCUACAGAGGGAGAUCCUGCUGGACGAGACGGGGCUGGGUCUGUACAAACGUUUUGUGCGCUAUGUGGCCUACGAGAUCCUGCCCUGCGAGACGGACCGGCGUUGGUACUUCCACCAGAACCGCCUGUGCCCCCCACCCGUCUUCAUCGCGAUCGUCACCAUCGUACAGAUUAUCGUGUUCAUGUGUUAUGGCAUCAUGCUAAACAAGUGGGUGCUGCAGACCUAUCAGCCUGACUUCAUGAAGAGCCCCCUGGUCUACCAUCCCGGCCACCGCGCGCAAGUGUGGCGCUUCUUCAGCUACAUGUUCAUGCACGUUGGUUUGGAGCAGCUGGGGUUCAAUGCUUUGCUGCAGCUGAUGAUUGGCGUUCCUUUGGAGAUGGUCCACGGCAUCUUACGAAUAAGUCUUCUUUACAUGGCAGGAGUGCUGGCCGGCUCGCUGACAGUGUCCAUCACCGACAUGCGCGCUCCAGUGGUGGGGGGCUCCGGGGGGGUCUACGCUCUGUGCUCAGCGCAUCUGGCCAACGUCGUCAUGAACUGGGCCGGGAUGCGCUGUCCAUACAAGCUGCUCCGCAUGAUACUGGCGCUGGUUUGCAUGAGUUCAGAGGUGGGUCGCGCAGUCUGGCUCCGCUUCUCGCCGCCGCUGCCCUCCUCGGGGCCCCAGCCCAGCUUCAUGGCACACCUGUCGGGGGCCGUGGUCGGUAUCAGCAUGGGGCUGCUGAUCCUGCGCAGCUACGAGGAGAGUCUGCAGAAACAGUGCUCCUGGUGGGUCAUCGUCUUCUCCUUCAUCACCUUCCUCCUCUUCGCCAUCUUCUGGAACAUCUUUGCAUAUGAGCUGCUGGGGGUGCAGAUACCACCUCCUCCCUGA